AUCCGACAGUGUUCCAGAACAGUCACAGCCGAUUAUAAUAGUACAAAUAUUCUCAACGUGUUUCAAACAGUUUUUCAGUGCACUUUCGUCUUGUUCUACCGUUCGAAUUCAAAAAUGGCGUUCAUACAGGUCAGCAUUAUAAUUAUAUGAUAUUAUUAUUGUUUAUAAACAUAAUCUCGAGACGGCGAACAAUCCGCUGUUACUCGUUCAAAACACCUGCGAAUUUUUUUCCGUGAAGCCCGAGUUAUUUCGUUUGAUAUUUUCCAUUCGUAUAGCACGGUUUACAAUGCAUAGUACAUUAUACAGUUUCAAAAAACAAUUCGAGUGACUUUAAUUUCGAUUUUUACACGGACGUUUUUGUUCAAACGAGUUUAAUAUUUGAUACAGAAAGUUCGAUUUACGAAUCGUGAUACCAUCAUUGUUAUAUUAUAUUGCUACGAAUGUGUGAAAAUCCGAGAGACCUAAACGCAUGCAAAUAUUAUUAUUAUAAACUUGACGAGCUUUAAGAACUCAGCGUUCAGUUCGCGUUAUCCGUGAGCUUUCAGUGGAGUUUUCCCACAAUUCUAAUCCUUAUCCUGAGCGUAAAUAAUUUUUCAUUCGAAUUUCGAGUAUAUUGUCGACGACUUAAAAAAAAUAAAAAAAAUAUUGUCUGAAUUAUUCAAUAUACCGCGCGCGGCAAAAACUUUUGCGACGUCUGCAUACGCGUAUUUCACACAGUAUGAAGGGGGGAAACUCGGGUAUUUUCCCCAGUCUAACUUUCAGCCUUUUAUUAAACAGUCGGCGUUUCGAUUGAUUUCUGGCUUUAUGGGUCUGGGGAAAAAAUAAUAAAACCACACAAUAAAUUAUAUUCUUUGUUCAUGAAUCCCUGCACUAGUCAAAUUUUCGAAUUUACUGUUUUCCGAUUUUCAAACGAAGUGACACGAUUUUUUUUCUCGACAAACAAAUCCUUUCUCCAUCAGUUGGAAAAUUUGGAAAUAAUUUGGUCCCUGCACAGUCUAAUACCGCGAAUAUCGAAAUGACGCCACUGAUUUCGCGAUUCGUCAUCAAACCGAAAGUAAUAUUAUUGUGUAUCCCAACCGAAAACCGUAAUAACAAUGAAGAAAAUUAUUAUUGUUGUCGAUCGCGCAUUGCUCGUGUGACACGAACUGAACUAGUUUUUUUUUUCUGCUUUCUACACGAAUUCUCACGGCAAUAUUGUGCAGGGUGCUGUUAAUUUUGCCGGCCGCACAGCCGGUCCCGUACAAUAAUAAUAAUAAUAAUAAUAGUAAUAAUUAUCGCGCGUCCGGGUUUUCCGCACGUAUGUUAUACCGUUCGACAUGAUAUUACGAUAAAAAGAUCGCCGGUAAAGAUUUGCGCGGUUACGCAACAGCGCUGCCUUUUCUCGCGACUAUAACCCAAUUAUCCGGAUUCAUUUUUCACGUUCAUUGUGCGUGCUCGCGUUACCGUACCAUUGUCGUGCUGCGGCCGAGGAAAAAAAAAAACAAACUACGCACAACGUCGUAUAUCGAAUACGUGUAUAUUGCACAUUUGAAAAGAAGGCCGGUACGUAUUUUUAUAUGGCGCUAAUAAUCGUGAUCGCACCCGGCUCGAUAAAUUCCGUAUUUACAAUCCGCGAUCGUCGGCUCGGCACGAUCCGGCAAAACGAACUGACGGCAGAAGUUUUUAUAAUUUUUUUUUUUUUUUAUAUAUAUACGCUACCGUCGCUGACAUAUACACUGCGUCAUGACGGAUCGAUUACUCUCGCGGGAGCUUUUAUCGAGAUGCACGACACCGGUAACAAAUGGAGGCGCGAUACACCCGCGGUUUGUUCGGAUGAAAUUCCAUUGCGACAGCCGGCGGACGUCUCCGGGAAUCCGCAGAUAAUCCGUAGUCUGCGGACUUUUCAAUUCCGAUUCGUAUACAAGCACGUUAGAAUUUCGGCCUUUUCUCCCCCCUCUCUUUCGGCGAACUCUGAAACCUACGCGGUAUAGUAUAUCCACGUAUGGGUGCUAUUAAGGCGGUAUAGCGAAUGGUUAUGGGGUAGCGGUAUCCCGAAAUUCGUGUCGGGGUCCGCACUACCCUAUGAGUAAUUUGCAAAAAAAAAGACCAGUGAUUUUCUCGAUUUUGACCAUAAUGUAUAUAACACUCUUAGAUCAUUCUACUGACGACUAGAUUAUGAUAUUUCUAUUGUCCGCUGACAUAUUUCUACCCGAUUCCGGCGUACAAUUGACUGGGACUUAUCGAACCGGCCGUUUCAUUAUAUCCAUGAUUCUUUAGAACACAAACGAAUUAAAAAAUAUUGUUCAAGACGCUUGCCGCCCCGCGACUUUACAUUUCAAACGACGCCCGUACAGGGAUCCGCGAUAUAAUAUUUUAUUGUUCGGUGUUCGAAAACUAUAAUCUACCGCCUAUCAUAUCCUAUGUCUACCGUCCCGACAUUGCUGCCCCUACAAAACACGUGGCCUUCCCUCGAAGUGAAUUUUAUUUGUUACAUCCGCAAUAUGUGCCUGACCAUAUAAUACAGUAUAAUAAUCCACCGUCGUUUCGCAGUGCACACUCGCCGCUCUCAUCUUGCACGUGGCUUGCGGCAGCUACCUGGCUCACCGGGCGAUCGGUUACAACCACGGCGCCGUGUCCGACGGUUACCACCACGGUAGCGGUUACGAGGCCUCGUCUCCGUCUUACGAGUACGCCGCGUACCCGGCUUAUUCGUCGGCCAGCACCUACCAGUCCUCCCAUGGUGACUACCCGAGUUAUUCGAAACCUGUCGACUACUACGUGAGUAUUAGACGCGAUGAUAUCCGUGCAUUUUAAGCGAAAAAACCGAUUUUACGUGACCCGUCGAUUCGUUUGUUUUCGCCUCGAAAUAUCGCAAAAUCUCAAAAUGUCUUUGUCUGAAAUGAAAAAAAAAAAAACCGUAAUGUUUUCCGAUUUCGUUUUUACAGUCGCCGCCCAAGUACUCGUUCAACUACGGCGUAAAGGACUACCACACCGGCGACGUCAAGGACCAAUGGGAAGAGAGGGACGGAGACGUGGUCAAGGGCGAAUACAGCCUGGUCGAACCCGACGGCACCACCCGCAAAGUCACCUACACCGCUGACGACCACAACGGUUUCAACGCGGUCGUCCACAAGUCCGGUACCGCCCACCACCCAACCGUGGUGGCGCACGCUCCCGUCUACAACCAGCACCACGGUUACCGCCGUUGAGAAGUCGUAUUUAUCUGUCACGAUACCCGCGCCAGUAACCGCUGUCGCCGUUCGUCCGCAUUGUCCCGGGCGAGCGUGUUACCAUUAUUAAUAAUACGUAGUAGUAUAAUACCAUUAUCAUAUCAUUACCCUUUAAACGGAGUUUUCUACCAAAUCAAAAAUAAACACCGUUACGCAUAAUACAAUAAUAAUAUUUAACGAAUUUCGAAUGUUCUUCGAGCGCUUUACAAAAAUAACUCGACUAUCAUCAUUCUACAUAAUGUUUCUUUCGUUUUUUGUUUACGUACUUUUAUACAUACUCAUCAACUUACCGUAUCCACUUAAACGGUUCUUCGUCAUGAUCUCUUUUUCCAUGUAAUUUUACACGCGAACUUCACACGGUUUUUACAAUUGACCGGCAUUUUCUACGCGACGCGUAGAUUUCAAGUCAAGUCCGUACAUGAUGUUUUAUUAUUUUAUUUUUUAUUUUUUUCUAUAUUUGUUUUUUACACGGUGUUUUUUAUUAUAACUAUUAUUAUUAUUAUUAUUAUUAUAAUUUUCUAUUGUUUUACGAAUUCGAAUUUUUAGUAUUACUAUAAUAUUGUAUUAUUGUUUUUUUACACGCGUUCGAGAAUUGUAUACCUACCGCGCGAAUCGGGUAUAAUAUUUCUCGACUGCAGAUAUGUAGUAAACGAAAAUAUUGCGAUGUUAUACUAAUACUUGAUCAAUCAUUUUUAUAUCUACUUUUUUUUUUAACAUUAUCUUAUUGUAUUCUGUUUAUUGUAAAUAUACAUUUCAUACAUUUUGCUCAUACAAUAUAAUAUAUCUAAAACGUAUAUAUAUAUUUAUAUCUGUUUAAUUAUUUUCAACACGAUAACGGGCGAUCUAUUCGAGUGAUAACCACUCAUCUCGGAAAGUAUAAACUGAAGGACGCUGGGAAAAAAAAAACAGAUAUAAACUUUUUGCCAAAAUGGUGAUAUUGGUAUCAAAUAAUUUGUAUUGACAUAUGGUUGUUUUUCAUGCGAUUAAACCGGUAAAAAAGCCAAAUCAAUCGAUAUUAAUGAGCGCUAGAAGUUAAGUCCCACAGAAGAAAAAAAAAUAGGUAGACAACUGAUACUGAGACAGAACCAAAAAAGUGUCGGGUUAAUACACAACUACAGUCGUG